AGGUCAGUAAACACAGACAGGUAUCAAAGGGCAUGCAGAGUUAUGUUCAGGGAGCCACUGUGUCCAUCAGAAAGCACUCUAAUGUACAAGUGCUCUUCUAUACUUUAUUCUACUCUACAUUUUAUAUGAUAUAAGUUUUUUUUUUAUUUGUUCAGACACAAACCUAAGGAAACAAGAUUUAAAUAUUUAGAAAGAUGUGUUGUACAGGAAAGUGUGCCCGGUUGGUGGGUUUAAUCCUGCUGCCCUCUGCAUUUUUGUGCAUGAUUGCUAACCUGCUGCUGUUUUUCCCCAAUCUGGAGCAAAUGGAAACUGAACAGCUUUCUCUGCAUGUCUGGCUUAUGGGGGGAAUUCUCGGUGGAGGACUGUGUAUGCUGUGUCCAAGCUGUUCAGCUAUAAGAGCUGGUGGAAAAGGCUGCUGUGGAAAAGGCUGUUGUGGAAAUCGUUGUCGAAUGCUGGGCUCUGUGUUUUCUUCCUUGUUUGGAUUGAUUGGGGCCAUAUACAACACCAGUGUAGCUGCUGCAGGACUGGCUAUUGGGCCAAAAUGUCAAGUGGAAACCGAGACCUGGGAAUAUCCAUUUGAGGACUUGCCUAAAGAUAACAGCAGUUACUUGGUGGAUGAAUCUCAGUGGUCUCGCUGUAUUUUCCCACAGAAUGUAGUCCUCUGGCACAUUGUACUUUUCUCCAUUCUGAUGAGUCUGGGAGUACUACAGGUCAUUCUUCUUAGUGUCCAAGUUGUUAAUGGCUGCCUGGGAUUUCUAUGUGGGGACUGUCGAGAUAGUCCAGAGGAUGAUGAAGGGUUGUGAAUAAAAGACAUUAUCAGCCAUUAAUAAUUAUAAAAUGAACUUGUAGAUUAAUAUAAAUAAUUGUUGUUUUGUUUACUGUCUACGAUUUUUCACCAACAUCUUGAUGUGUUCUAAUAUUAUACAUAAUUUUAUAAAUAAUAAAAAGCAUAAUUUAGAAAGCAGGUUUUGCACAAAAUAUAUUUUGUCUUUAGUCUAUACUCCUUGUUUGAUUGUCAUGCUAUAACAAGCCAGAAUUAUUGGUUGAUGUUCUAUGCUAUAUGUAUUGCUAUUAUAAUCAACUAUUUAACUUGAUAUGCCAGGUAUUUGUAUGGCCUAUUGACUAAGAGGGAGAGUGUACUUGUAGUUUGAAUCUGCCAGGCUGGAUAAAUGUCUGCACACAAUAAAGUGAAUGUGUGAGUGUGUACUAAAAUGAA